CCUAUGACGCCGUCCGCCUCAUUGCUGCUGUGAUCAUAUGUCUGCUGACUUGUGUGAACUGUAUGAAAGUGAAAUGGGGCGCUAUUCUUCAGGUCAUCUCCACUGUGGCCAAGGUCCUAGCUCUUAUUGUCAUCAUCAUUACUGGGCUGGUUAAGCUGGCACAAGGAUUCGACCAGAACUUUGAGGACUCAUUCAAGGGCUCCAAGCUGAACCCAGGUGACAUGGCCCUGGCCCUCUAUUCAGCACUGUACUCCUACUCUGGCUGGGACACACUCAACUUCAUCACGGAGGAGAUUAAAAACCCAGAGAGGAAUCUGCCCUUGUCGAUCGCUAUUUCCAUGCCCAUUGUCACAGUGAUCUACAUCUUGACCAACGUUGCUUACUACGUCGUCAUGGAUGCAGACCAAGUGCUGAGCAGCGAAGCUGUUGCUGUGACCUUUGCAGAUGAGGUGCUGGGCUGGGCUCGAUGGCUGAUCCCUCUGUCUGUGGCCAUUUCCUGCUACGGAGGCCUCAACUCCUCCAUCAUUGCUGCCUCCAGGUUGUUUUUUGUUGGUUCCAGAGAAGGCCACCUACCUAAUGUCUUGUGCAUGAUCCACAUUAAGCGUUUCACCCCAAUUCCUGCCCUGCUUUUCAAUGGAGGCAUGUCUCUGUUCUACCUGUUGGUGCCUGAUGUUUUCCAGUUGAUCAACUUCUUCAGCUUUAAUUACUGGUUGUUCAUCGGCCUGUCAAUAGCCAGCCAGAUCUACCUUCGCUUCAAAGCUCCUGAUAUGCGCAGACCUGUUAAGCUCUCUUUGUUCUUCCCAAUCGUUUACUGCUUGUGCAGCAUAUUCCUGGUAGUGGUUCCCCUCUACAGUGACACCAUCAACUCUCUGGUGGGAAUUGGUGUGGCGUUGUCUGGUGCGCCAGUCUACUACAUUUGCAUCCACCUGCCGCCCAGCUCCAGACCAGCCUUCCUCAGAAAAAUGCUUGAUAGGAUCUCUCUGUCCACCCAAAAACUGUGCAUGUGUUGUGUGGCCUCACCUGAUAUUGACCUGGACAAUAUAGACCCAGCAAAGAUCGAAUAAUGGACCCGGUGAAAUGCUGUAUUGAGGGAUGCAAGAGGAAGAAUGAACAGGAGUGAAGCUUGAGUGAGUCGCAGACAAUCAGGAUUUAGAUGAGCAUAACUUGAGUAAAAGAAGAACGAUGGCGGGAUGAGCUCAGCACACCUCAUCUCUCACACAUGAGCCAUAUAAUUGAUAUUUUGUACAUGAUACACCUCCAACAAACAGCACUGUACAGAUUAACCCUGCUGGAACUCGUGCACAUUCACAUGCUAUUACACAAUGCAUUGUUGGUUGUGCAAUGCCCUACACACAUGCACCAUACACUGCAACUCACACAGGCACAUAAGCUGACCGAAAGCCUUAGAAUGACACUGCAACAAAUAGAAAAUAACCAGAUCUAGAAGGAACUGACUUGGAAACAAUGCCUGCAAUGAUGUAUUCUCAAACAGGAGGUUUCUACAGAAAACACACAAGAAAUGUUUGCCGCAUGGCUUACAUGUGUUGCACCAUGGCUGUUAAUGGAGUUACUCUAGCUGAGGAAAGAUGAGCCUGGUUUAUUCAAACCAGUGGUUCCCAACCUUUUUAUAGCUUGUAAAAUGAAGCCUGUGACCACUCACAGGCUGCAAAUGUCACGGGAUGGCAGCAAGCUUAACCAAACAGUAAUUUUUUCCUUCUUAUUUGAAGCAUUUUUAGGUUCCUUAAUAUCGUAAAAUGAGUAAUUAGGAAAAGUCAGAAAAAUAAAUUUCUCACAAUCCCUCAAAUUUAUCUUGCGACCCAGGGGGGUGGGUCCGGACCACUGGUUUAAAUGCUAAAAGGUGCAGACCUCAGAACCCCCUCACUGCUUGUUUUGAUGGGUUUGCAUUGAUAUCCAGAAACAUUGUUCUUGGACUUCUUUGUAAACUACAGCAAAUUUGCACAGCUUGUUUUUUCUGUUAUUGUUUACAACAACUUUUUUGUUAUAGAAAAGCUUUAUUCUCAUCCAUUACUAAACAGAAGGGCCAAACAGACAGGUGUAGAGGGUUUGUAAUAAUAAUUAAUUCAGAAGGAGGAUGAGAUUAUUUACAAAAGUGCUGUUAGCUUGUUGUGAUGCUUGUUUGAUUUUGAAUGGUUUUAUUUACCAUGAAUUUGAUUAUGAAUCCGUCACUAUGUGCAUCCUGCUUCUGUUCACCUCAGUAAUGCAGCUACAUCCUUUGAACGGGCUAGAUUUGAUUUCUGGUGCCUCUUAGUGGACACUAAUAGUAACUGCCAGGGACAAGCUAUAAGAUUGAAGACGCGUCAUUCAAGAGUCCGUCCACAACUUGUCUGUUUUUGUUCAUGCUGUUACUGUCACCGUGUUACCUCCAUUCUGUUUUCAUCCAUUUUCAGACACAAACUAGUGAGGGCAAUGUAACCAGUGUUAACGGAUUUUUAAAGUUUAAACUCAUGUGAUUGUUUCAAGAUCUAAACAACUAUACCUGCAAGUUCUUUUGGGUAAUGUUUUUGUUCUUCAGAACGGGGUCUUCGUAGAUCCAAACCUCAGGAUCAACCAUGCUGAUUAGAGCUGCAAUAAUUUAGCUGUCAACUAUUUAAUUAAUCGGCAGCUAUAUUUAUAACUUAUAAAUCUGUUUGAGUCAAAAAGAAUUUAAAGAAAAGACAGUGAAACUUCUCUGAAUCCAGCUUCUUAAAUGUGAAUAUGUUCUGGUUUAUUUACUCCUAUAUGACAGUAAACUAAAUCUUUGGGUUGAUUGAAGAAUUGUAUCACAGAUGGGAUAUUUAAUGUCAUGUUGACUUUUGACUAGAUCACCAACUUGGCCCAUUUAUUCAGUGUAUAACCAAAUGUCGUAAACGGGCUGAUAGUUUGGACCAUCUUUCUGCUCAGAGUGCAGUGAAGCCAAUGCAAAGUGUCUCUGCUUUCUAGUGAAAAAAUUAUAGCUGUAGUGUGUUGAACUACAUGUAGAAACAAGUUCAACUUUGGUGUUUUGCAUUGUACUGUAAUUCUUAAGAACUGUACGUGCCUUCUGUGAGUAUGGUCUGCCAAAGGCCCUGUCUAUUUUUGAUAUUGUAACGUAGCUUUUGUGUACAGCAUCUUGAACACAAUCGUGUUGACAUGUUGCUGUAGAGUUUUCCAAAUGGCUUUUUAGGUGGUCAGUUAGAAAACAAAGUGAAGCAGUUUCAGAUGUUUUAGUUAAGGGCAUUGUCAAUAGGAAACAUCCAGGCCUUAUAUUGAACCAUGUUUAGGGUCUUGAUAUAAGCACUUCCACAACACCAGCCAAUAGAAGCACACAUAUUUGUUCAAUGUUGCUUUCUCUGUGGUCAAACUUCUUAUUUGAUAAACCAAACUAGUAUGUAGUGUAUGUUGUUAAGAGAACCACCAUGUAUCUGCAGUAAACACAAAGAAUAUUUUAAAAGCAUUUCCAUAUAUUGUCAUGUUGUAAACUUUGUUACACUCAGAAAACUUGAAUGUUGCAGUGGAACGUGCGCUGGACGUGUCUCAUUGGGUACCAAAUGUAGGUUUUCUGGUUGAGUUUUGUUUGACAACAUUGUGUUUUGUGUUAUUUGUAGAACUGUCUUUAAGUGCUUCCUUUUGUUGACUGUUUUUAUUUAUCGUAUUAUGACAUAGAGAAACAAAAUGCAUUUCUGUGGAGGAAGUCUUAACCGAGGCAGGAAAGUGCUGUGUUUUAUUUUGAAAUAAAGGCUACAUUUCAGUG